AUGGUUGCCCCCGUGAGGGUGAUCCCCACCGCGGCCAAGCGAGCCUCGAGCUUGCUCCGCACCAUCCAGUACACCCACCCUCCCUCGUGCCCGUGCCAUUCGAAUCCGGGCCAUCACCAUUCUGCUCCCGGCAUCGUUCCCCGGCCCAGGGACGCCCCGAGGCGCUAUGCCAUACCUACCAGCGUCGAGGUGCAGAAGGAGUAUGCGUUCGAGAUGGCCGCUUCGGCCAUCCGCUUCGGUCCCGGGGUCACGCAGGAGGUCGGCAUGGACUUGAAGAACAUGGGUGCGAAGAAGGUCUGCGUCGUCACCGACUCCACCGUGGACAAGCUUGAUGCCAUGCGGCAAGUCCGCGAGGCGCUGGCGGCGGAGGGCAUCCAUUUCUCCGUUUACUCCAACGUGACGAUAGAGCCCAAGGACAGCUCCAUCAAAGAUGCCAUAGCCUGGGCCAGGCCGUACGAGGCCGAUGCCUAUCUCGCCGUCGGUGGCGGCUCCGUCAUGGACACUGCCAAGCUCAUGAACCUUUACGCCGCCUAUCCCGAUGCCGACUUUCUCGACUUUGUCAACGCACCCCUCGGUAAGGGGCGGCCCGUGGAUAAGCCACUCAAACCCCUCAUUGCCGUCCCGACGACGGCGGGAACGGGCAGCGAGACGACGGGGACGGCCAUCUUUGAUCUCGUCUCCAAGCGUGCAAAGACCGGCGUUGCGCACCGAAACAUGAAGCCGACGCUGGGCAUUUGCGAUCCUCUCAACACGAGGACCAUGCCCGCCGCCGUCAAGGCGAGCUCCGGCCUCGACGUCCUCUGCCACUCGCUCGAGUCCUGGACGGCCAUUCCCUACAACGAGAGGACGCCUCGGCCGGCGAAUCCCAUCAUGAGGCCCGCCUACCAGGGCGCCAACCCGAUUUCUGACAUCUUUUCCUUCCAUGCCCUCCGUUCGACCGUCAAAUACCUGCCCCGCGCCGUCAAGGACCCCGACGACUUCGAGGCCCAGAGCGAGAUGCUCUUCGCCGCAACCAUGGCUGGCGUCGGUUUCGGAAACGCAGGUGUCCACCUGUGCCACGGAAUGUCGUACCCGAUUUCUGGGCAAAACCCGGGAUACAAGCACGAAGGCUACGAAGUCUCGGUCCCCAUCAUCCCGCAUGGCGUUUCCGUUGCCGUCUCCGCCCCUGCCGUUUUCCGCUUCACUGGUGCGUCCAAUCCGGAGCGGCACCUCCAAGCGGCCGAAGCUUUCGGUGUCGACAUUUCCAACGUGAAGAGGGAGAGCGCAGGCGAAGUCCUCGCGGAGGCUCUGACCAAAUUCCUCGCCGAUCUCGGUGACCAGCCAAAGGGACUGAAGGAGCUCGGCUUCGGUCCUGAGCACAUUGAUGCUCUCGUCGAGGGCACCAUACCGCAGGCACGCGUCCUGAUGUUCGCCCCGGGCCUCUCCAAGGAGCUCGAGGCCGAAAGGGACCAGCUGCGUAGGCUGUUUGAGGAUGCCAUGACCCAUUAA